ACGUAACAUUUGUAUUAAUAGGAAAAAUACCUCUCAGCUUUUGGUUUGCAUUCUCUUUUAAAUUAAUCCAACACAUUAAAAUUGCAUGUAAAAUUUAGUGGGAGGAAUAUUAUUUUAUCACUAGGACUUAAAAAAUAGUUAAAAUUUAUAGCGAACAGUAGUAUAUAUAAGAGAAACACAGAGUCCAGUUCGACACUGUGAACUACUACAACUAAGUAAAAAGGAGACUCCAUGGCCAUUAAUAUGUCAGAAACUGAUUCACUGUCUGAAUUCCUGCAAACUGCUGUUGAUGCAGCCAAGAGAGCUGGCCAGAUUAUCAGUAAGGGAUUUUACCUGACCAAGCAUGUGGAGCACAAGGGCCAGGUGGAUUUAGUGACGGAAACUGAUAAAUCUUGUGAAGAUCUCAUCUUUAAUCAUCUCAAACAACAUUUUCCCACACAUAAGUUCAUAGGGGAAGAAACUACUGCUGCCUGCGGUAUUACAGAGCUGACAGAUGAACCUACAUGGAUAGUUGAUCCUCUUGAUGGAACAACCAACUUUGUCCAUGGGUUCCCCUUUGUGUGCGUAUCUAUUGGCCUUACCAUUGGGAAAGUUCCGACUGUAGGUGUUGUUUACAACCCAAUAAUGGACGAGUUGUUCACGGGCAUCCAAGGAAAAGGUGCAUUUUUUAAUGGAAAGCCCAUAAAAGUAUCAUCUAAAUCAGAGCUUGUGAGUGCUCUUCUUGCAACAGAGGUUGGAACAAAGCGUGAUAAGGCUACCGUGGAUGCCACGACAAAUAGAAUCAAUAGCAUGCUUUUCAAGGUGCGAUCCCUUAGGAUGAGUGGCUCCUGUGCAUUAAAUCUUUGUGGAGUGGCAUGUGGAAGACUUGAUUUAUUCUAUGAAACUGGGUUUGGGGGUCCAUGGGAUGUAGCAGCUGGCGUGUUAAUUGUAAAAGAAGCCGGCGGACUUGUUUUUGACCCGUCUGGUAAAGAUUUUGACAUCACCUCCCAGAGAGUUGCAGUUUCAAACCCUCUCUUGAAGGAUGCAUUUGUCGAGAUUUUGCAGCAAAUAGAAUGACGAAGCAACCAUCACUUUUCAUGAAAUUUACAGAUUAGUUGCUGUGUAAGAAUUAAAUUGUUGUUGUUGGUUGAAACAGCUUAAAUAAGCGAAGGUACGUAGCUGCAAUAGCUGACAUCAGUAACCAUUCUUCCCAACUUGUUGGUGCUUUUAAGCAAUGAUAAUGUGAUCUGUAGAAUCAAAUAUUGUACCAAAUAAUUGCAUUAAAAUGCAAGUUUAUCGAAGUUUUUUCUCAGUCA